AUGACCUGUGGAUCAGGAUUCUGUGGCCAGACCUUCAGUUGCGUCUCGGCCUGUGGACCGCGGCCCGGCCGCUGCUGCAUCACGGCCGCCCCCUACCGCGGCGUCUCCUGCUACCGUGGCCUCGCCCGCGGCUUUGGCAGCCAGAGCCUCUGCGGGGGCUUCCGCUCCGGCUCCUGCGGCCGCAGCUUCGGAUACCGCUCUGGCGGCGUGUGCGGACCCAGCCCGCCCUGCAUCACCACCGUGUCGGUCAACGAGAGCCUCCUCACGCCCCUCAACUUGGAGGUUGAUCCCAACGCUCAGUGCGUGAAACAUGAGGAGAAGGAGCAGAUCAAGUGUCUCAACAGCAGGUUUGCUGCCUUCAUCGACAAGGUGCGCUUCCUGGAGCAACAGAACAAGCUGCUAGAGACCAAGUGGCAGUUCUACCAGAACCGCAAGUGCUGCGAGAGCAACCUGGAGCCGCUGUUUGAGGGCUACAUCGAGACGCUGAGGCGGGAGGCCGAGUGCGCGGAGGCCGACAGCGGGAGGCUGGCCUCAGAGCUCAACCACGUGCAGGAGGUGAUGGAGGGCUACAAGAAGAAGUAUGAGGAGGAAGUGUCUCUCAGAGCAACAGCCGAGAAUGAGUUUGUGGCUCUGAAGAAGGAGGUGGACUGCGCCUACCUGCGCAAGUCGGACCUGGAGGCCAAUGCGGAGGCCCUGACCCAGGAGAUCGACUUCCUGCGGCGACUGUAUGAGGAGGAGAUCCGCGUCCUCCACGCCCACAUCUCAGACACCUCAGUCGUCGUCAAGAUGGACAACAGCAGGGACCUGAACAUGGACUGCGUCAUUGCCGAGAUCAAGGCUCAGUAUGACGACAUCGCCACCCGCAGCCGGGCCGAGGCCGAGGCCUGGUACCGCACCAAGUGCGAGGAGAUGAAGGCCACCGUGAUCCGCCACGGGGAGACCCUGCGCCGCACCAAGGAGGAGAUCAACGAGCUGAACCGCAUGAUCCAGAGGCUGACAGCCGAGGUCGAGAACGCCAAGUGCCAGAACACCAAGCUGGAGACUGCAGUGACCCAGGCGGAGCAGCAGGGCGAGACGGCCGUCAGCGAUGCCCGCUGCAAGCUGGCCGAGCUGGAGGCCGCCCUGCAGAAGGCCAAGCAGGACAUGGCCUGCCUGCUCAAGGAGUACCAGGAGGUGAUGAACUCCAAGCUGGGCCUGGACAUCGAGAUCGCCACCUACAGGCGCCUGCUGGAGGGCGAGGAGCACAGACUGUGUGAAGGUGUUGGGGCCGUGAAUGUUUGUGUCAGCAGCUCCCGUGGCGGAGUCGUCUGUGGGGACCUCUGCACGUCAGGCUCCAGGCCAGUGACAGGCAAUGCCUGCAGCGCCCCUUGCAGCGGGAACCUGGCAGUUAACACAGGAAUGUGCGCUCCCUGCGGCCCUUGCGGCCCCUGCAAUUCCAUCACCUCUUGCGGUCUGGGCACCUGUGGUGUGGGCUCCUGCGGCAUCAGCUCCUAUGGCGUGGGCUCCUGUGCCAGCAGCUGUCGCAGAUGUUAG